AACCAACGAUCAUCAACCGCUCCGAUCUUUGGCCCCGCCCCCUCCCGCGGCAGGAAGUGACGCACAGAGAGGUCGGAGGUCGGCGCGUGAUGGCGCAGCGGAGUCGGAGGACGAGAGAGUGAAUCCCCGUGGACAAACAUGCCGGCAACCUGUGAUUCGUUAGUGGAAGACAUUGAAGAUAUUGUGUCAGCAGAAGAUCCAACACCUCAUGACCGAUUGCUGGCGAGGAAGAGCGUUGUGCCUCGAGUUAGAAAGAGAAAUAAACAGGAUGAGUUGACGGAAGAUUUACAGGCUGACAGUGUUAUUCCUGGAACACAGAAAAUUUGGGUGAAGACUUGGGGUUGUUCACAUAAUAAUUCAGAUGGCGAAUACAUGGCAGGUCAACUAGCCGCCUACGGGUACAAAAUCACAGAAAACUCAUCCAGUGCAGAUUUAUGGCUGCUGAACAGUUGCACUGUAAAAAACCCAGCCGAAGAUCACUUCAGAAACUCAAUUAAAAAAGCUCAAGAACAAGACAAGAAAGUGGUAGUUGCUGGAUGUGUUCCUCAGGCCCAACCAAGGAUGGACUACCUCAAAGGAUUAAGCAUUAUAGGGGUUCAGCAAAUAGAUCGUGUAGUUGAAGUUGUGGAAGAAACAAUUAAGGGUCACUCUGUGAGACUACUGGGUCAAAAGAAGGAAAAGGGGAAACGGCUGGGGGGAGCUCGACUGGAUCUGCCAAAGAUUAGGAAAAACCCUUUGAUAGAGAUCAUCUCCAUCAAUACUGGAUGCCUGAAUGCUUGCACAUACUGCAAAACCAAGCAUGCGAGAGGAGAGCUGGCUAGUUACUCUGUGGAGGAGCUGGUGGACAGAGCCAUCCAAUCAUUCCAAGAAGGUGUCUGUGAAAUAUGGCUGACCAGUGAAGACACAGGUGCAUACGGAAGAGAUAUCGGGACAGAUCUUCCCACAUUGCUUUGGAAACUGGUGGAAGUGAUUCCUGAGGGAGCAAUGCUGCGGCUUGGAAUGACGAACCCUCCGUACAUUUUAGAGCAUCUUGAGGAAAUGGCAAAAAUCCUCCUUCAUCCCAGGGUGUAUUCCUUUCUUCAUGUGCCAGUUCAAUCUGGAUCAGAUAGUGUGCUCAUGGACAUGAAACGAGAGUACUGCAUAGCCGACUUUAAACAAGUGGCAGACUUCUUGAGGGACAGGGUGCCAGGAAUUACAAUUGCCACAGACAUUAUCUGUGGCUUUCCUGGGGAGACAGAAGCGGAUUUCAAAGAAACUCUGCAACUCGUACAGGAGUACAAAUUUCCGAGUCUGUUCAUCAAUCAGUUCUACCCGCGCCCAGGAACUCCUGCUGCCAAAAUGGAACAAGUGCCUGCCCAAGUGAAAAAGCAAAGAACCAGGGAGCUGUCUCAGCUGUUUCAGUCGUACACCCCGUAUGAUCACAAGGUGGGGAAGAGGCAACAUGUUUUGAUAACAGAGGAAUCAUUUGAUGGCCAAUACUACGUCGCGCACAACAGGUUUUACGAGCAGGUUCUGGUGCCUAAGCAACCCGAAUUUCUGGGGAAAAUGAUUGAGGUGGACAUUUAUGAAGCAGGAAAGCAUUUUAUGAAGGGGAAGCCAGCAGACAAUGGGAAGAUCCACACUCCUUCAAUUGUCAGACCGCUACAGAAGGGUGAGGUUUCAGGCCUCAUGGAGGAAUUCAAGCCCUUCAGUGAGAAUGGAUCAGCUCUUCCUGCAUAUCACUUCUGGGGCAUUGAGAACUACUUCUCCACAAGCCUGUUGCCAUGGAACCUGCAAAGCUCCAGGGUGAAGAUACUGUACAUGGCGCUGGCUGUGUUGACAGUGAUAACAGCAGUAACUAUGGCAAUAUUCUGAUAGGUCCCUUGCUGUCAAUGGAGUUGCAUUCUACAUGUAAAGAGAGCCGGGAGAUGUUGUUUCAGUAUAUUUACACACAAAUGAAGAGAAUAUUUUUAAGGUGGAUGCAGUGGUUGAACUUUAAAAACUAUUCUUUUAUUUAAUUUUUAUUUCUAAAAGCCAGUUCUUUUUUAUUUCUGCAAACAUGAAAAAUCUUGUUCCUGUGUGUAUACCAUUUUUGCCAGCAAGAAAAAUAUUUUUAUUCGUUUUGGAAAUUUACCUCUGAGAUUUUACAUGUACAAGACUCAGUAAAGCAAUAAAAUUUGCAGUUCUAUUGUCAGUU